AUGGCACCUGAAACGACAAAGCCCACCAAAGUGACAGAGUCAAUCACAAGUGUAGACAAAGACUUAACCACAGACGACAGCUUCGUAUACAGCAGGACGACACCUGGCGAAAAACAGGCUAUAGACUUCCCCGCUAACUUCACGUUCAUCCAAACCGUGAAGUAUUUCGACUCAUUGGCGUGCCCUCGGAUGACGUCACAAUGUUCGCCUGGUGUUCUGCGCUCCUUCUCAAGAGAUUGUUCUCCCUUCUGGUGCCCCGGAUGUUCGUGUGUCGCAUGUGACCUGCACAAAGACUGUUGUGCGGACGCCGCUUUAGACGCUGGCGCCCAAAGUGACGCCUACAAGCAUCACCGCUCCUGCCUGACGCCCACAGCCAAGAUGGCGGACCUGUAUGAGGAGCAAUGGUACUACUUCGUAGACAGGUGCCCAUCUUUGUAUGUAAACACGAGUUUGAAAUACCUCUGUGAGAAGAGACAAUUUUACGUCGACGACAUGGACACAUAUUUCCCGGUUUACAGUCGGCUGACUGGCGAGAACUACAUCAACAUUUACUGUGCGCGUUGCCAUGGUGACGCAUAUUCUCUCAUCCCUUGGGAACCGGAAGUCUUCUGCUACGAUGCUAAACCGCUGAAGGACAUCGGAACGGCCGAAGACAUCGUAGCAGCUGUCUUCCCGCGCGACCAGUGUGUUGUAACGGCAGCGCCACCUGACGGGAUUUACUUCCAGUCGUGCAACGGUUCUCUGGGGAUAGUUCAGAGAUGUAAUCAGUCCGGACUUUGGCAGGUGGAAGACGAAGACGUCGCCACGGCUUGUGAUUCGUACAUGAACAGAGUCUACAUCAACGACGUCUGGUACCGCAACGUCUUUUGCGCCUUCUGCAACGGCGUUCCUAGGUCAGAGGUGGUCGCGGCGUCCUCAAGUCGUAUCUGUGCACAAGAGCCUCUACCAGCGGUGGACACCAAAAAAGGCAGCGUUCCCGUAAUGUUGAGCUACAACGUAAAGCUAAGGACAAACGCGGGUUCAGAGACAAUGGCGGAAUGUGAUGAAGACAAAGUGUAUGAACCAGUAAAGGGCGAGUGCCGGCAGCUGUUUUGUUCUCCUAGCCGUUACGUUCACUCUCACGAGUGUAAGGCUGUGUUCAAGACGGCCCGUGGGGUGCCGUACACAGUCAUUCACUUGCUCACCCCACAGGAUGCUCCGUACCGCUUACAGACCUCCACCAACUAUCUGGCGAGUCUUUACCUGAUCAGUGCGUUGGAGGAAAGAAGGUUUUUGUCAGAUAAGCUCAUGAGCGACAUUGCAAAAAUUCAUGUGUGUUACGAAAGUCACUACAGGGAUGACAACGGUGUAUUUGUCCACUUUUUGGUGGUCCAGAGUGAUGUCAUCUGGAAAACGUCAAGCACGCCUGCGCAAGUAGAAGAGGAACUCCUUCAGACGAUUAACGUCACGUUUUGGUUCGAUAACGUAAUAUGGACCCCAGAGAUUCUAACAGACGGUAGGAUACUGAGCACGGAAAAUAUGACUUGUUAUACACUGUCCUGGUCGUUUUACACCAGUGCGAGUACGAGUACUUUCAAGUACGAGUACGACACGGACUCGUACAUUGCCCUGCACGAACUAACCGGGUGCAAACAAAUCGAGUUGGAACCAAACGAGUAUUCGAUCAAUAUGAAGACGGGUCAACUUUAUGUAAAGUAUCUUAACAUAUCACUGGACAGAUCAGGGUAUCUUAUGGUCGAUGGGAAAGUUCGCAUCUGUGUUGACUACUCAGGAAAAAUAACAAGAAAUCUCAACAGCUCCAGUAGGCGUCGUAUUUCAAGGUGGCUUAUGGUUUUCAGCCUAGUAAUGCUUAUUCGUAGUGACCAUCAUUCACUGGUAUAG